AUGGCGGGGAAGUGUAUUCUUAGUGUUGCAGCACCUGUUGCUCAGAUGACGAUGAAGAUGGACUAUAAUGGAAGCACGAUUGUUUUUUCCGAUGCGUGGUGGAUUGGGAGAAAAGAUGAGAAUCCAGAAGAAGUCCGUCUUGAGUUUCCUAAGGAGCUGAAUGUAGUUAGUAUCCCUGGAAAACCUGAAGGCUAUGAUUUUAAAGGCGGUGCAGGUGCAACUUGUGAAAGAAAGCAAGGUUUUAGUAAGCCUGGAAUGACAUGUACGGAACCAGAGUCCCCUAAAACCGAGUCAGAGGAUGAUUUAUCGGACAGUCAAAAUAAAUUGAAAGAUUUAACUGAAGUGACUCCAACUCGUCAUUCAGCAAGGACUGCAGGAAAAACAUUUAAUUUUGCAGAAUCUUUUUCUGGAAAUGAUUCUGUUGAAAAUGAUUCCGGAACAUCUGAAGGAGAGGAACAAGAAGUUGGGUUGGAACAUCAAGCUCGGAAUCAUACUCCUGGAAAUAUCCUAAUUUUAUUAUCUUGAUAAUGCUCUGCAUUGGAGACAUAUUUAAUUUUUAUAAGCCUUUUAUUUUCUUAAAUUUUUGGGGUACAAAGAACUUCACCUUACAUUAUUAUUGGGUUGAGGGUGAAGGUUAGGCUUGAACCUAGAUUUGACCUUGGGAAACAUGACCCCUUGCCAACUAGGUCAUCCCUCAGACUUGAUUUUUAUAAGCUCACUUGUUCUUUUCUCCAAUCAUAUAUGCCUAACUGUUUCAGCAGCUGUAUGUUGAUCCCCUUAAUAGUUAUUACAGAAUGAAAAUUCCCACCCUGUGAUCAUAGGAACUGAUGAUGAGGAUACUGAG